GUGGAGGAGAAGAGGAGGAGAGGAUAUAUCAUCUGGAAGCUCUCAUCCCAGGCUUGUUUCCUUAGUGUGGAGCUAAUCAUGUAGCACAUAGCAAAGUGUCAAAUAUGGUGUGACACUUACUUCCUGAUUUCCAGCUGAUGAAAGUUUAAGGGAAGAGUUUUAGUUUCAGUUUUGACUCUGGACCACUUUGACAACCCAUGUUGGUUUGAGUGAUACUUUCUGGGGGUGAAGCUGCAGGUUUGGAGCCGUCCUGCAUCAUCAUCAUCAUUCAUCACCUACAUCCUGAAAGGGACAGCACCUUUGGAUUAAGUGGAGGUGUGCUACGAUGAAGGUGACGGUGACAUUUGGGCAGACCGGUGUGGUGGUGCCCUGCAAGGAGGGCUGGACGGUGAGGGACCUCAUCCAGCAGGCCACGCAGAGAUACAGGAAACUCCUGGAGCAGGAAGGAGACUUCCUGGUUCGGACUCACCAUGUUGAAUACUGUGACGGGGGGAUUCUGGACCCCGAUGACGUACUCAGUGAUCUGGUGGAAGACAAGGACAAGCUGAUGGCUGUGUAUGAGGAGCAGGAAGCCCAGCAGAGGGGCGUGGCUAACUCAAGGCUGGCCCCCAGCCCUGACCUCCACCAGUCUGAGCUCUCCGUCUUCCAGCCCAUCGCAGGGGGGGAGAUAGAAGUCAAUUCCUCAGCCCUCAAGUCCAACACCCCACUGUUGGUGAGAAGCAGCAGCGAGUCGGCCCUCAGCCCCCAGCCGACAGAGACCGGACCCUCCCUCAAUGAGGAGGCCAUCGGGAUGGCAGCCGGUCCCGCUGUGCCCCAAGGCAAACACUCCUUCAAUGGCAGCCUGACUAGAACAGUGGAGAUCCUGGGAGAGGACAGUCCCCUGGGAAUUCAUGUGGUUCCUUACAGCUCAUCGCUCAGUGGACGGUCUCUUGGUCUGUACAUCCGCGGUGUGGAGGAGGACAGUCGCUCACGUAAGGAGGGCUUGUUUCAAGAGGACGAGUGCAUCGUCAUGAUCAACAACACCGACCUCAUGGACAAGACCUUCAGCCAGGCUCAGGAGGUGUUCCGUCAGGCAAUGCGCUCCCCGGUGGUCCGCCUGGAAGUAGUUCCCUCCGUCAACAGAGAACGCUAUGAGAAGAGUCUGAUUGGUCAGCUCAUUGGCAACAGUGCCGGUCCUGACAGCAGCCCCCAAAUCGCCAAAACCAAAGAGCCUCCACCUGUCAAAGCCAAACCCGUGUUUAAGCCCUCUGAGAAUCCAACCAUGCGAUUGGCCGAGGAAGCUGCCUCUACGGAAGCUGCUACACCCAAGGGGAGGAGUGAGAGCCCCCUCAACAAGAAAAGCCCUGCCCUCUCCAGCCUGGUGACCAAUAAGAAAGGAGGACGAAAACUGAGGAUCGAUCUAAAGAAAGGCUCAGAAGGUCUUGGCUUUACCGUGGUAACCAGAGACUCUUCAGUCCACGGCCAUGGUCCUAUUCUAGUGAAGAACAUCCUGGCACGUGGAGCCGCUGUCAAAGAUGGACGCCUGCAGUCUGGAGACCGCAUACUUGAGGUCAACGGCGUGGAUAUCACAGGUGUGGGCCAAGAGGAGUUGGUGUGUAUGCUGCGCAGCACGCGGCAGGGAGAGAGUGUGUGUCUCGUGGUCCUACGGCAGGAAGACAUGUUCCUGCCCAGAGAGAUGAAGUAUGAGAUGUCCUGUGUGGCGGGCUUUGUUCCGGAGAAAGGGAAGGAACAGCUCAUGUACGAGGUGCCCCUUAACGACACCGGCUCGGCAGGCCUGGGCAUCAGCCUGAAGGGAAACAAGUCCAGGGAGACGGGAGAGGACCUGGGCAUCUUCAUCAAGUCCAUUAUACACGGAGGGGCCGCGUACAAGGAUGGUCGUCUGCGAGUCAAUGACCAGAUGGUGGCGGUAAACGGAGAGUCGCUCCUGGGACGGUCCAAUCACGUGGCCAUGGAGACGCUCCGCCGCUCUAUGUCAGAGGAGGGGAACGCAAGAGGGACAAUCCAACUAGUGGUGCUGAGGGCUCUGAAGGAUCAACACGGGGCGUCACCCAAUCGCUCAUUUGACAGCUCCUCUGGUCUGUCGGGACCCGGGGGUCCAGUGAACGGUCAGACCAACGGCCCCGGUCACUCUCCCAUGGUGAACAACACUCUCUAUGCAUCUAAUGUGACCAAUGGGAGUUACUCUUACAUGGACGAGGAAGAGGAGGCGGAGCUGUAUGGACAUGAAGCAGAGUUCAGCAGCUCUACCCAACACUCCUAUCUCCAGGACAGAGAAAGCAGUCACACCUCUAACCCGGCUCAGCCCCAGUCUCCUGCCCAGAACCAGAACCAGAGCCAGAGCCAGCGGCAGUUCCAGCACGUAAAAGCCUCCAAGAGCAUGGACCUGGGUACGACUCAGAACCAGCAACACACUGUGGCAGAUGAGAGCAACGUUGGAUCCAUGGCUGGAAACUCUGCAGCUCCAUCGACUCCAGUGGAACUCGGCCCGACCCUCGGCUUGAAAAAGUCCAGUUCCUUGGAGAGUCUCCAGACGGCCAUGUCAGAGGUUAACCGCAAGAACGAACUCCUCCCAUUCCACCGACCUCGCCCAAAUAUGGUCAGAGGAAGAGGCUGCAACGAGAGCUUCCGGGCGGCGAUCGAUAAAUCCUACGAUGGGCCAGCUGAAGAAGACGAUGAUGAUGGUUCGGAGCUGAGUUCAGGCCGGGACACCCCUGCAAGUAGUUCAUCCCGCCAGGGAUUGGGGGAUCGGAUAGAAGAGAAAGGCAAAAAAGACAAGAAAAAGAAACCGAAAACUAAGAAGAAGGAGAAGAAUAAGGGGAAAGGAAAGGAGAAAGAGAAAAAGAAAGCAGAGGAGCCCGAGGAGACGGAGAAGAAGAGCAAGAAAAUAGGUUUUGGCCUGCUAAGGUUCGGGAAGAAGAAAGACGAGAAAAAGGAGGCGAAAGCAGCUCUGCAGCGACAGAAGUCCGACGUUCUGAGUGAUCAUGAGUUUGAGAGGAUGAAAGACGAGAGGGAAAGGAUCGAGGCCGGGCACCCUGAGCUGAGAGAGCAGCGGCUCAGAGACCAGCAAAGUGGCGGCGGCGGCGGCGUGGCGGCGUAUCCAGAUGUUGAAGAUGACGACGACGCGGACCCCAACUACGCCCGAAUACAGUCCUUCAGGGACAGAGAUAUGAGUCCAAUGCCCCAGCCACCGCCUCAGUCACCUCCCUACAGCACAGUCCAGCACCACGCCCAUGUUGGCAUCCCUUCUCCCCAAGGCCCCUCUGCCUUUCCGGGGCAUGGGAAUCAUGGUAACCAUGGUAACGAGCCCGGAGCCGUCCCUGAUGAUGACCCCAUCGACAGGCUGUACGCCAAAGUCAAUAAACCAAGAGGAGCCGGACCUACGUCUCCUCCUGUUGCUGCUACCGCCAAUGAAAGUUUGGACAGGAUCCAGCAGCUAAGAAGAGAAUACCAGCAGGCAAGGAGAGAAGGAGUAGUGCCACCUUAUGAAGAACUGGACCCGAGACGCAGAGGACACGAAAACGAAGCGCUAAGGAUGCCAGGCAGAGUGGCCGAUCAUCGUCUGGCUCCGCGUUAUGAAGAAGUGGAACGUCAGUAUGCCUCCUUACCAAGACGAGGUCCGUUGGAUGCGACUGACUACCCCAUGCAGCCCUGGUCGGGUCAUUACCCCGGACCUCCCCAGGUCCCACAGGGGUACCCUCAGUCCCCCUCCUACCCGAACCCCAACCCCCAGUCUGCUCCGUCUUACUCCGCCUACCCACCUGGUCAACCGUAUGCACGGCCAGGUGACCCUCGGGGCGUCGAGCCUGGGUACUAUCCCCACCCAAGCUCCCAGCAGAGAGGCCCCUUACGGCAGGACGUCCCCCCGUCUCCUACCCCUCAACUUCGUGGACCAAGGUACGACACUAUGACCCGUGGGACCGCGGGUGGAGGUUACAGGCACCUAGUGGAUCCCAGUCAAGACCAGUAUGUCUAUACUGGGGAGGGAGGAAGACAGCAACAGCAACACCAAACCAACCCAAGACAGAAGAAUGCCAUGACAGCAGCUGUGUAGACCAAUCAGGUCCAGAGAUGAAAAUGAGCAGAACGCUAAAUGCUUUGCAUUGUGCACUCUUCUGCCUGCGGUACUCCAAUGGACUAGAAUUGAAACCUCUUAAUGGCGUGAUUUGAAUCACCAUCAUUAUCAAACACUGUCUGCACUGUUUGAAGUAUAUGGUAAUACACAGACAAGCAAGGUAAAGGAGGUUAAUUACAGAGUGGCCGGCGUGAAGCGUAAUGUCUUGUUGUUUGAAGUAAUUUAAAUUGCUUUGAGUCUUCCCGCAGUAUAAAAUUAGCGGGGAUUUUACUUUUCAGUACACUCUGAUUAAGUUGUCUCUUUUAAGAAUCAGUCAGAGCCACAAAGAUAAUUGGAUCCAUUUAAAUGAAGGCAUACAUAGAGCUCUACACACUCUCAUAUAACCACUUACCUGGUGGUUUUACUGCUGCAGCUCCACGAUCAAGACAAAAUUAUACAUGUUACUACAUGGUACAUUUUAUUCUUUAACUAACAUGUAGUAGCAUGAUGGCCUUGUGGUCUUGUGUCGCCAUUCACAGAAUUAAAUUACACCUUUUAAUGUCUGUUAUUAUGUGCUAUAAAGCCAAAUAUAUUCGGUAGACGUUUAGCCUCCUUUUCAAGAAGAUGAUGGAAAAUGUUUCUGAGUUCCAAAACUGUGUAAAUAGCAAAACAUUAGUCUGGAGAAAUCAUUCUUAGUAACAGCUGAUGAAACAAACAAGAUGCCAUCAUCAUAACUCUACAAUUACAAAAAAGUAUAUCCAGUAAGUGCAUUUUGAGACCUAUUAUCUCAUUUUGUGAAACUGGGAGAAAGCCACCAUACCAAUCUUUAUGAAAGUCUAGAUCCUUUACUUGUGGCUAGUCUGAUGUAUCACGUACAGUAAUGUUAAUUCAAUGAAUUAUGGAAACAUUUGAAUAAUCAAAGUGCUCUGAAUCACAGUAGAGCUCUGUAUUAUCUUCACUUGUAAAGAUAUGUUUUUAAUAAAUCUAUGAUUGCCCUUCAUUUUUUAACAAAAAUAUUUCUCUCAGUAGGGAUGAGAGAUUUUAGUUCAGGAUAAGAUAUAAUCUGAGUCUGAAGCACAACUAACUGUUGGUUUACAGCAUUGUUGACCUUUUUCCUGAAAUAUUCUAUGAUUAGCACCGUCAUCACCAUUAUUGGGAUUACGUUUGUCUUUGAAUCUAGUUAAAUGUAUUCAAAGUGACCUCUACUUAAAUGUAUGUGAAGCCCUUAGAUUACAUUUUUACCGUCAUCGGUACUUUAUUCAUGGUACAACCUGUGUUUAUUGCAUCAAUCCAGCGUGAUUGGAAAUUUCGCUCACUUUUUGUUUUUCCAUCAAACAUCCAAUCCAGAGAUAAUCCAUCGCCUUAAAAAGAAGCUGACAACAACAUUUUUCAAACUCCCAUCAGAGUGCUAAUAUCGUCCUUCGAACUUUGACAUUCUAGAACUUCCGUCAAGAACAAGCCGAUCAUUUUGUAACAAUGCUGAGAGCUCCAUUCGAGGCAGUACGCACACCAAAGCAAGAUGAUUCCAACACUUCAUUUUACAUAGUUGAAGCUUUUUAUCGCUGUGUCCUUCUCUAAUGGAGGUAACUCAAUUAUCGGGUGAGAGCACACAUGUGAUAAUGGUGCUUAAACAUGAUAGAAAGCAUCGUUACACCAUUGUCUCUUUCUCUUUACAACCACAAAAAGCAAGCAGGCCUAUAAACCUCUCCCUGGCCCCAACCCUUUAGCGCUCUAUGCAUAUCAGUCUUGUACCAUUUUCACUCUUUAUGUGCCGUCCAAAGAUGUCCAAACUAGGCAGAAAGGGCAGUUAUUUAACUGACCAGUUGCAAAGCUCCUUUUCCUCUGUGUUGUCUGUGUAUGCCAUGUGCUGUAUGAUCCAAUGGAUGAUCGUUGGACAUCUCUUUGACCUGGUGGUGUAGGCGUCACCGUAUGCUGAAGGGCUUACUAGUCCUGUUGAAACCUGGAUUGAGCUUCAGAGUGCUCUUCUCAGUGCUGGAACGCAGUGCAGAUCCAUUUAGCCACUUACUAAACCAUCAAUUAAGUGCAGCUAAGAGAGUCAGAGUCCAACAUCCAACAUUUCUGUGUUUCACUCCACAAAGCAGAGCAGUAUUCAUUUUAAUGGAGAUCAAAUGUUUAAAAUGACACUUCAGGAUUAGGUGAAUUGCAUCUCUGUUAAUGUGACAGAGCAUGAAAUCCUGCUGAAGUGAAUGCAAUAAUGAAGUAAUUUGAAUGAAGCCAAUGCAGAAGAAUGUAAAGUUUUGACUGAAAAACCAUUUCAUUUGCUUUUUUGUUUGACAGAUGUGGAUCUUGAUUGGAAGAAGGAGGUUUAAAGAAUUUAGAAGAAACAGUGUAGGGAGGGAAGAAAGGAAGAGAAUAGAUAAGGAAAGAAGGAAAGUAGGAAGGACAAAUGAAGCAAACGGAUGUAGAUGGGGAGGAGGGAUUAAAGAAAGAAGUGAUAGACUGAAGUUAUACAUGGAGGGGGUGGAAGAAAUGGUAAGAACACUUGCACAGCAAGGCCAAAGCAUUUAUGGUUUAUAUGGUUUGAUUUUUCAAAGAACAAGAGAGCAGAAGAAAGAAUGAAAGUUCAUGGAUAUCUGGGCGGUAGUUGUUCUGCAGUAGGAGGAGGGUUAAAGGAGAGCGCUUUGUAUUGACUGAAUGUAGUGACUUUGGGAAUUUCUUACAAAUGUGUCUUUUUCAUGAUUUUUUGAAGCAUCUGUAUCGAACUCCCAAAUAAAACUGUGCAGGUUUGACUGAAAGUAGAAUAAUAAAAGCACAGUUUGACCUGGUGGUGACACUUCUCUACACUUGAGACGUGAUCAUCACAUGAAAGUGAUGUAUUGUUACUAAUCUAAUACUGGUACGCGAUUCACAUGUAUGUUACUCCUUCAAAUGUAUUUUUAUGUUAUUCUUUUUAAUGAUAAUGAGUGUUGUUGGUUGGUUAAACCAAAGCCAAGAGUGUUUGGUCAUUGUUACCAUGCUAUAUAUCACUUUUUUUUUUACAGUUUAUAUACAUACAAUUUGCAUAAAAAUUACUAUCCUUUCUUUUCAACUUGAUUUUCUAAAAAAAUGUGGAAGACAUUUUGGCAGUUUGCAUAGCAUAGUUAUCAUAUCAGACAUCGUGAAGGUAUGGCUCUCUGUUUUUUGUCAGUACAGUCUGAGUUGCACAAGCUGAAGGUACUAACCAGUCUUCUAUUAGCAGAGUAGUCUAUGAAGGAGCCAACUAAACAACCUCUCUGCCUUUGAAGUAUAACGCUUUUUAUUAAACUGAAUGUAUCCAUAAACAAAUCUCAUUUAUAAAAUGUAUCAAUAACAAUGUUUUCUAUUAUGUUUUCCUAUAUAUUUAUGUAUAUAACAUCUUUUUUUACAAUAAAUAUUCAUUUUUAA